ACCCUAGAGAAAUUAUAAAUAAAUUAAAAUCCUUUAGAAUGGCUGAAGCCAAUAUAACAGCCUCGUCAGUCAGAGCCAAACUAUAUCGUCUUAAAAUUACAACGAAAGAGAAAGUCAAUGACUUCAUUGACAGGUUUGAUCAUAUAGUAAGAGAGUAUGAAAACUCAGACGGUAUGGUACCUCUGACUGAGGAGGAAAAGAGGUCAGCCUUUUACCAAGCCGUGGCAGACAAAUUCUCAGAGCUACGUACAGCUAACAUGGUUAGGCGACAGACCACAAGUACUGAGAUGAGUCUUGAAGAAAUGAAGACAAGUCUAAUACAAUUGCAGGCAGAAAGAAAUCAAUCAGAGUCGAAUUCAGAGCAGGCCAGGGCCAACAUGGCUACAGGCAGUCAGAGAGUCAACGAUCAGGCGAAUAAGGACACUAAGUGUUUCCGAUGCAACAAACUCGGUCACAGACUCAUUAACUGUCCUCUAAGCCAGUAUGGACUCUGGUACUGCUUUUACUGCCAGGAUUUCGAGUACCACAAGGGAGAUGCAUGCCCAAACAGGAAUCAUCCUAAAGAUGGAUAUGUCAAACCAGGAAGACAAUGAUUCCAUUGAG